GUUCAUCUGGACCUGUUCCAAGAUCUCUGUCCAGAGACGGAAGGGUUCAGUCUCCGGAAAUUAUCUCUAGAGUUUGUGAGAACUCUUUUUUGGGGUCUGUGUAGGAGCUUCACUCCCUUUACCAAAAUAAGGCAGAAUGAAGAUUAAAACCGAUUCCUAAGAAAUAAUCAUAUCUGCCAUGGGCAACAGUCCUCAGGAAGUGGAUACUGAUGAUUGUUUGUUGAACUAUUCGUAUAUAUUCAGCCAUGACAUACUGAAGGACAAAGUGGCAUUCAUCACAGGAGGGGGAUCUGGCAUUGGAUUCCGAAUUGCAGAGAUACUGAUGAGGCAUGGAUGUCAGACUGUCAUUGCAAGCAGGAGCUUGGAGCGAGUACAGGCAUCUGCAAAGAAACUCACAGCAGCCACUGGACAAUGCUGUCUGCCAGUGUCAUUGGAUGUCAGGCAACCUGUUACCAUCAUUGCUGCUGUGGAGGAGACACUACACAAAUUUGCAAAAAUUGACAUCUUGAUUAAUGCUGCUGCUGGUAACUUCCUAUGUCCUGCUGUUGGCCUGUCAUUCAAUGCUUUCAGAACUGUCCUGGAGAUAGAUACAGUUGGAACCUUCAACACCUGCAAAGUCCUGUACGAGAAGUGGUUCAAGGAACAUGGAGGAGUUAUUGUGAACAUUACAGCUACACUGAGCUACAGAGGACAAAUUCUGCAGGUCCAUGCUGGUUCUGCAAAAGCUGCUAUAGAUGCAAUGACAAGACACCUAGCAGUAGAAUGGGGACCUGACAACAUUCGUGUUAAUAGUCUGGCACCUGGCCCAAUAUAUGGAACUGAAGGCUUUCGGAAAUUGGGUGGUUUGACAAAGGCUGUGGCAGGCCAGGAUAAAUUGAUUCCGCUGCAACGAGUUGGGACAAAGUCAGAAGUAGCCCAUGGCGUGUUGUAUCUUGUGAGCCCAGCAGCAUCAUAUGUGACUGGUGCAACGCUCAUAAUCGAUGGUGGACAUUGGCUUACAGGAGCCAAUAACCUGUCAGUGAUGCAGGCACUCCUGCAAAAAUCAGCCAGAUUGUAAAUGCUGUAUAAGUGGAUGAUGUGUGUUUUUAAAGAGAAUUGAUCAAUACUGUGAAGGGUUUCCUGAUUAAUAAAAUAUACAGUACGUGGCCA